GAACAUGAGUGAAACCCACAGAAAACUAAGCUGGUGAAGCUGGCUUAUAAAAGAGAUGAGAUAUUUCCUAUUCUAUAUUCUAUAUUUUCUAUUUGACUUGACAUUUAUGUCAUUGUGCGUGAAGUAUUCAGGAAGUACUCGAAGUAUUAAACUGUAAUUACUUGAUUUGUAAACUGAGAAUAACGUGUUCAUUUUUCAAAAUGAAUCAUUUAAAGUUAUUAUUAAUUCUAAGUACAAUUAUUGUAUUUAAAUUAUCUAUGGUUUAUGCAAGUAAAAAUGAUGGAACUAUGAGUAUCGAACUUAGACGAAAGAAAAGCCCUAGACAAGAGUUACUGGAAAACGAACCUACCCUUAGAAAAUAUGGAUACAGACUGGAAUUUCUUAAAAACAGAAGAAUUAAAGAACCCCGAACAAACGAUUCUAUCGCUUUGUACAGAUAUUUGGACAACGAGUUUUAUGGCACAAUAGUCAUUGGCCAUCCAGGAAAAACAUUUGAUGUCUCUUUUGAUACCGCAUGGGGCCUUUCAUGGUUAUUGUCGUCAAGAUGUGAUACGAGCCUAACUCCAGGAUGCCGUGGCCAUAACUUGUACGAUCGUUACAAAUCUUCAACUUUUAAAAAGAAUGGUACCCAAUAUUUUAUACAAGAUGGAGCUUUUAAUUUCACUGGAGUUUAUUCAUACGAUGAUAUUCAUAUCGCCCACUCAAACGUUACAUCAUUUUUGUUUGUUGAAAUGUCUAUUGUACCGGAUUCAAUGCAGUUUGACAAGGCUGAUGGUGUACUAGGAUUAGGACCUAAAAGUGGCGAUUAUGAACCAUUUUUCUACACUUUGUAUAGAGAAAAGAAGAUUAAGAAUCCUAUAUUUUCAAUUUAUUUAAACAGGGACCGUAAUUCUAACAGAGGAGGUAAUGUUAUGUUGGGAUUCUUUGACCCAAAACAUGUGCAUAAAACUAGUUAUCCGAAUGGAUCAAUCAUUCAGGAUACUAUAGUCUAUUUAAACGCUGAUACUGCAGAAUAUUGGCAGUUCAAUGUAGAGAAAAUGAUUUACACGAAAGAUCCCAAACACGUUUCUACGUUUUGCCAAAGUGGUUGUAAAGCUAUUGCUGACACAAGUACAAAUGAAAUAAAUGGUCCAUCAAAAGAAGUUAAUCAAAUUCAUGAGAUUAUUAAUGCUAAACUACAAAACGGUAGAUACAUUGUAAAUUGUGAUGCUAUUAAUCAAAUGCCUAAAUUGGAUAUAUAUUUGCGUGGACAACCAUUUAGACUUGGAGGAAAGCAAUAUAUAAUGAAGGAGUCUAAUAAAACAAGCACAACAUGCGUUUCGGCUUUUGUUCCUGAUGACACUAUGGGAAGAAACACAUGGAUAUUUGGAGGGGCAUUUUUGUCUCAAUAUUACACUAUUUACAACAUAGAGGAUAAAACCAUAGGUUUUGUCAGAGCAGCAUAAUCUGAAGCUCUACGUCUAUUACUACUUUAAAGUUUUUACAAUAAAUGUACUUAUAACUAAAAUAUAUAGUUUAAAUAAUAGAAAUCAUAUAAGCUGAUAAUUACAAGUAUGUUUAAUAGUAAUCGAUAAUCUGUAACUGUAAGAGACAUUUUUGUAGUGUGAAUAAAUUUAAAAACAUUG